AUCAAGACUACUAAUUUAAAGAGACGUGCGAGAAAAAAAGAACACGUGCCUUCUAGAAAUUCAUCAAUAUUGUGUUGUUUCUUCGUAAGUUGAUUAGUAGAUUCUUAUCGAUUGAAAGAAGUCAAUCAUGGGGAAGGAGAAAAAGAAGUUCAAGAGUGGUAUAGCAACAAGCUUCAUUACACGAGCAUCAGCUGUGAAGAGGCUGCAGUUAAAUUUAGUCAACUUCAGGAGACUGUGUAUUCUGAAAGGUAUCUACCCUGUAGAACCCAAGAGUAUCAGGAAAGCUGGCAAAGGACAAAGGCUUCACAGAACCUACUUCAGAUUCAAAGACAUCCAGUUUCUAGCUCAUGAACCCAUUGUUGAGAAGUUCAGGGAUCACAGGGUUUUCGUGAGGAAAGUGAGGAAAGCAAAAGCCAAAAAGGAAUGGGCAACAGUGAACAGACUUUGUAGAAAUGAACCCAAAUAUAGACUAGACCACAUCGUUAAAGAGAGAUACCCAACCUUUGUUGAUGCUCUGCGUGACCUUGAGGAUCCUUUGACCUUGUGUUCAUUGUUCAGUACGUUCCGUAAGAAUGCCAAGGUCAAAAGUGAAGUCCUCCCUCUCUGUAGACGACUCAUCGUAGAGUUCAUGAACUAUGUCAUCGCAUCAAGGUCACUCAGAAAGGUGUUCCUGUCUAUCAAAGGAAUCUACUUUCAGGUUGAGAUUGAGGGUCAGAUGUUAACAUGGAUCAUUCCAUAUAACUUUGGAUAUCAGGUGCCGGGCGAUGUUGAUUUAAAGAUCAUGUCUACAUUCACAGAGUUCUACACUACUCUAGUAGGAUUUGUCAACUUUAAACUCUACACAAGUCUUAACCUCCACUACCCUCCUAAGUUGUCGAUGGCAUCACAAAGCACAAAGUCAGAAGCAGAACAAGAUGAAGUGGACGAUGCUGUAGAUGACCUCAUUGGUUCCUUUGCACAUGACCUUGUAAAGGUCAAUCAGGGGUCAAGUAUUACUGGUGAGGAUGAGGAAGACAAUGAACAGGAUGAUGAUCAACAAGAGGUUCUCAUUGCUGGUGGGACUGUGGAUGAAGAGACCGUGAAGAAGGCAAGAGAAGAGAGAGAUGACAUGAAAAGGUUCAAGAAGUUGUUUGAAGGAUGCAAGUUCUUCCUUUCAAGAGAGGUACCAAGAGAAGCUAUCACAUUCGUCAUCAGGUGUUUUGGAGGACAGGUAUCAUGGGACAAGACAAUGUUUGUUGGUGCUCCAUAUGAAAUGUCUGAUGAGACGAUCACACAUCAGAUUGUAGACAGACCACAGCAGGAUAAGCAGUAUUUAUCAAGGUAUUAUAUCCAGCCUCAGUGGGUGUUUGACUGUGUGAAUGCUCAUCGGCUUCUCCCAUUAGAGGACUACUUCCCAGGUGUACCCCUACCCCCUCACCUGUCACCGUUCGUUGAAGAUAAAGAAGGUUCAUACUUACCCCCUGAGAGAAUGGCCAUGCAGGAGGGAAACCAGAAAACAGAGUCGGAUGAUGAGGAAGUUGGGGAGGAGGAAGAAGAAGAGAUCAUUGGUGAAAGUGAGAAUGAAGAAGAUUUAGAGGAAGGCCUCAGCAGUGAUGAUGACGAGGAGGAGGAGGAGGAUGAGACUAGUAUAGGUGAUGCUGAGAAGAAGAGGUUAAAACAGCUCAGUAAACUAGCACAAAAACAGACAAUGAAUCUAUCUGUAGCUGAGGGAGAAGUAGAGAAGGUGAAUCCUACAUGGGACGCGGAGAAGCUAGCUAGACAAGAAAGGAGAUUACAAGAGAUGAUGAUCCCCAAGAAGAGGAAGAGGUUAUACGAUAGACUCAUGAAGAAGAAGAAGGAACAAGCCAAGGAGGUACGCAAACUGAAGGAGAAGAGGCUGAAAUACGAUGAGGAACAGAAGGUGAAUAAGAAGAAGAAGAAGGUGACAGCGAUGUAGGACUGAUAUCAUAGAUGCCUUAUAAUAACAGACUCAUCAGUAGCCAUAGAUGAAUAUGGUACUGUGUGCUGACCAAUGGAGUAUACAUACAAGUACGGUAUGUACUACAAGGGUAUCAAGAGGACUUCAAUGUAUAAUACAUGUAAAGAUCUGAAAGGAGUUACAAAUAACAAAGCAAAAAUAUUGAGAUAAUUUUGAUCAUGACCGAGUGAUCUAAAUUGCUUCCACCUCUGAUGUAUCUUACAUUACAAUUUUGGAAAGCAAACAUCUGCUUGGGAAUCAGUCAAAUCAAAGAAAUCUUCCAAAAAGUCUCAGGGCAUGUAGCAAACCUGUGCAUAGGCUUUUAAGCAUGUAAUGUUCUGAUAACUGGCUGGGCCAAGAGGAACUUAUGUAAGACAUCCAAAUGAAGUGAAACACAUGCUCAACCAGUCAAACUGUUAUCAUGAUUUGGAGCAGUGUAUGAUCCUACAUGCCAUCAUCUCACCAUCAUUAUGUUGUUAUCAAUCUGUUCUGACAAGCAUAAAUAUUUCCCUUUUACGUUCAUUCACAGUGAUAAUGGAUGUUCCUGUGUUACAUCGUACUAUAGCUCCUCAGCAAUCAAAAUAUGUAUGAGGAAGAUCAUUAUCUCCGGGUUUGAUCCAGUAGUACUGAUACUGCAUACAGAAUGUAUAUAACUUUUGUUAUUAGUGCGACUCAGUUGUCCAUCAUGCUUUUAAUUCUCUAUGUUAAUGAAUAAAUAAAAGAAUUGUAUCAUCUGCAGACAUUGGGUCAUGAUAAGGAGAGCAAAUAAU